AGAUUCGGUAAAGAUCAUCAAUAAAAUUAAUGUGUGGCUAUAGGACAAUUAUUUUUCCCAAGACAUUCCAUAAAAUUAAUGAUGAUGGUGCUCAAUGCAGUUAUCCCAGCUCGAUUCCUCUCCCUAACAGCGCAUCUGGUCAUCAACAUAAUGCUCUUCUGGUCAAGGGAGCCCUUCGUGCUGGCGUGCCUACCACAGGGGGUGGGGCUGGCAGACUUAGAGCAGUAUGCAGAGAAAGAUACACAAUUUUUGAUCGCCCUCAGCCUCUCACUAGUGUUCACUGUCUCCGAGCUCACCGGAUUCCUGUUAGGACUCUCCAUGUUCAAUUCUCUACCAAACAUGUUCUCCAUUACAGCUCAUGUAGCUGCGAGCAUUACCCUGGCUCUGUUCACUGUCAACCUGUGGAGCUGUGACAGCUACUGGUACAUCCUAGGAUUCUGCAGUGUUCCCCCCUUACUUCUGGAGGUUGCAGUGGUGAUAGUCACUAUCAAGUUCAAAGUGUUUCUCUGAAAAGUCAUUAGGUCUUUUGUUUUUAAACUCAUCUACUGCACUCGAACUCCAAUCUGACCUUAUCCAACUGUGCAGUAUAAAUAACAGUUAACAGUUUGCACACAUUUUCGUAAUUUAACAAUCCGCUAUAUAGAUUGAUUCAACGUAUAUUUAUUUUAUUAUGGUUAUAAUAAUUAGAUUACAAACAUAA